AUGAUCACAAUUUCGUCCUCCAGUCUACUAAAGAAACAUGGGAUUGUUCACAAGGUAGCAAUAGCUUACCACCCCCAGAACAAUAGACAAGCCGAGGUGUCUAACAGAGAAAUAAAGUAUAUCCUGGAGAAGGUCGUCAAGCCUCAUAGAAAAGACUGGAGCACCAGGUUUGCAGAAGCGCUUUGGGCAUAUCGGACUUCGUACAAGACAUCAAUCGGAAUGAGCCCCUUCCGCCUAGUCUACGGAAAGGCUUGUCACCUCCCAGUGGAGGUGGAACACAAGGCUUUCUGGGCAGUGCGAGAAUGCAACAUGAGACUCGAGAAAGUGGGGGCUGAGCGGAAGUUGCAACUACAGAAAUUGGAGUGCCUUCGCCUAGAAGCAUAUAAAAACUCCAGGCUAUACAAAGAGAAGGUGAGGGCUGUGCAUGACAAGAACAUCAAGUGGAGGGAGUUCUGCCCUAGGGAGUUGGUUCUCCUUUACAACUCCAGGAUGGGUACCCAAGAAGGAAAUGGGAAGGCCACUGAUAAGACACCGACAAGGAACUACAAUAAUGAGCAUCUACUCAUUCUUCCAACACACCUUGCUGAUUUUGUGGAGUCUUGUAUCGAGAGGAGACAGUGGGGAUUCUUGAGAAGGCAGCCGCGAUAG